GGACACGUGGUGCCACGGCAGCGGGUACGCAUCAGUCCCCGCGGCCCCUCGGCUUCUGCAGCCAGCCCGGCGGCCGGGGCUGCGGGCCAAGUGGGUAGACGGGCGGGAGACCAAAGGGCCGGCACCGUUAAGAGUCAAGAGCAGCCACCACAGCUGGUAAAGGCUCUGCCAGGUCAUCUCCACCAAGAAAUUUUCCACCUGCCUCAAUUCUUGGGAGCAUCAAUCACUGUUCAUUUGCUUGUGGCCUAGACUGGUUCCUGCUGCAGCAGGAAGUGUUUAAGAAGCUUUCUGCCAGGGUCUGAAGAUUGCCUCGGAAGCAAGUGCUCCCUUUUCCUGGUUCCUGGCAUCUGUUCUUCUGCUCAUCUUAUUUGUAGAUCACCUGGUUCCUGCUGACCUGCCUGAGCUUUUGGCCCUCUGUCUUGCCUUCCAGCUUUGGAAGCCACCAGUUCUUCUCUGCAUUCUUAUCUCUCACUCACCUGCUGUGUGCUCUGACCUUUCAUGCAAUCAUUAAAUUUUCCUUUUCUUCCUGGUUUCUGACUGACGGCAACAUCAUGACCUUUGACUCAUUUGUGUGUUUGAAUUCUGGAUUAAGCAAUAUGGUUGCUGUUUUGUCAUCUCAUCUGGAUCCCUCCCUCUGAAUUUGCCUUAGUUUUCCUGGUCUUAUAUGUAUGCAUUAUCAAAUUAAUCUACAGGUGUGGCUCUGACAUAUUUCUUUUGAACCAGGGUGCUAUGCAUCUCUCCUUAUAUUAUCACUUUGGAAACUGAGGUCCAGAGGUUUCUAAACUCCAUUGUUAUUUAUAGAUAUAUAAGCAAAAGAUACUGUAUAAAUCUAGAAGCAGUGUUUAAUCUAUCACAUACUAAACAGAUUCUAAAUCUUUGCAAAUGUUGGAUGAGUAAAAUAAAUAGUUACCAAAUUGAGUAAUAAGGAUACACUGAUCCAACUACAAAAUAGAUAAAGUGUUCUUUAAUUGCCUUACCUUUUAAAUCUUGGUUGUGCAUCAAAAUUAUCUUAGAACCUAAAGUGCAAUAGGGACAAUGCAGGUGCUUGGGCUCUUCCACAGAACUUCUGAACUCCUGAAUCAUAAUCUUGAAGUAGGCUCUUGACAUGUUUAUUUUCAACAGUUUUAAAAUUCAUUUCAAUGGACAUCAUAGGUUGAGUUGAACACUUCUGUACUAAUGAUUACUUUAAAUAUUCUACCUUUGAUGUGACAAUGAAUAUCUCAAAUGCUAGAGGAUUAAUCAAAGCCAAUAUUUAUUCAUUACUACCUGUAUGCAUGAUGCUAAGUCCUUGCAUCUAGUUCCUCAUUUAAUUAACCUUCAAGUCAACACCAGCUACAUAUUAUCCACAUAGAGGUUGAUUAAAUUUAAAGUUGAAAGAGGUUAAGGUACUAAAUAAAGGUUACACAGAUAAUUGCAGGAUAGAAAUAUAAAUCAAAGUCUUUUUUUUUGCUUAAACAUAAUGCUUUAUAACACAGCAAUAGCUCAAUAAUCAUGUCACUAUAAGCAGUUUAUUGUACCUCUAUCAUUUUACUAGUAGAGUUAGUAUGUGCAAAACAAAUCUGAUUAUCUUAUUACCCUGCUUGAGGAUUCCUACAGUUUCUUUAUUGCCAACAAGAUAGUUAAUUUUCCUUGUCAUGGUAUAAAAUAUCCCUUAUAACUCAUAUUGCAACUUCCUCUUCAGAUCUGUCUCCUUCAAUGUUUCCUCCACAGUCAUGCAGAAUUUCUCACCAUUAUUGUAAAAGCACCAAACUGAAACAAUGAAAUGCCAUUGUGUUGGGAUUUGAGGGUCUUUUGAGGAACACAUUAGUUCUUUCUUUAUCUGAAAGCAAUAGAAAAAAGUCAUAAAAGUGAAGGAUCAGCCAGUCGCAGUGGUGCAUGCCUGUAAUCCCAGGCACUUAGGAGGCCAGCCUGGGAAACUUAUUGAGACCCUGUCUCAAAAAAAAAAAAAAAAAGCAAAAAGAUAAAGAAAAAUAUUUUCCUGACCUUGAAUGCCUCCACCAUCAGCUCAGGUGUUGCUUUUUGGAAAUCUUUCUAAUUUCUAUUAAUCAGCAUAUCAUUCCCUCUCUACCCAAAGUCUUCAGUUCAUACCUCCUUUUGUUAUAUUUAUUCUACACAUAAAUACAAAUAUGUGUUUAUAUCUCUUUAACUUCUAAUGAUUGAGAUUUUCUGAGUCAGAAAAACUGUCUCAUCUGUUCCUGUUAUCCACAAAGUUAAGCAUGGCGCCUGAAAUGUUGUGUUAGUCCUCACAAGCCUUAAAAUUGCUCCUCCAAGGUUUGACAGCUGUUAGCUGCCUUGUCCCUAUAGAGACAGCCCAUAGUUAUUCAGAUGCUAUGUUUCAAAUUAGCACAGGGCCUGGUACACAGUGCUUGGAACAUCACACAAUAAAGUUUGAGUGAAUGAAUUAGUUUUAGCAGAUGAUAUCAUAUGAUGAUGUUUACAAAUACCAUUUGUUUCAGAGUGUUGGACUAAACUCACAGCAAAGGAUAUAUAUUUUAAGAAUGGAGAAAACAUGGUAAAAUCAAUGAAAUGUUACCACAGAACAAAUAGAAACACUGAAAUACCAAAUGAAAACUACUAAAUUGUAAAAGUCCCACAGUUUAUUCAGAGUCCAACAUUACUUCUGCAAUAGUACGACCAAACUACUACUUACUACUACUAUUACUACUACGAACAACAACAACCAUUAUUUACAGGACAAUUACUGUAUUCUAAGAAACACCUAUAUCAUCAAAACAACACUACAACACUACAAGGACCAAAUAAUUUCUGGAGCUCUAGGAAAUGGUAUUUCAAAAUUGUACAGAAUACCUUCUUCCCUGAAGAUCCCAGAACAUUAAGACAUCACUCUAUCAGAGGCAUACAUCAGCAUCAUUGGAAGAGUCCAGCCCCAUGGAGAGAAGCCAGGCAGAAGCCCCAAAGGCCAAACUCCUCUACCAGGAGGUGUGCUUGGCAGCUCAGCAACUUGACCUUUUCCUUCAAAAGGGAAAUGCCCACAAAGAGGUAUUCAAACCGCACAUCCUGGCCCUCAGAGAUAUAGUUCAGCAAGCUUGCAUUAAACUCAUGUUCUUAUACCCAGUGGCUUAUGGCAGAAAGGCAGAAGAGCUGUUAUGGAGGAAAAUGUACUCUGAUGUUGUCAUGCUGCUAAUGAAGGACAACAGAAAACACACGCACACUUUUAAACACUGGGAAGGCCCCUUGCAAGCUCACCUGAAAGGUGGCCUUAAAUUCUAUGAACAUCUCUUCCUGUUCCUCCAGGGUCACUAUGAACUGAGGUUACAGAGCUGUAUAGAUUGGCCUCACAGUGCCAUCCACUUGAUUGGCUAUAGGAAGGUAGGGCCCACGUCAGAGGAAGAGGUCACCUGGGCUCGAAUGGCCUGCCAUCGCUGCCUGCUCUAUUUGGGAGACUUGUUCCGAUAUCAGAAUGAGUUCCUAGACCUGGCCACUAAGGACUUGGCAGAGAGAUGUUAUUACAGAGCCCUGUCAGUGGCCCCGCGUAUGGGAAUGCCCUUCAACCAGCUGGGAGCUCUCAUGGGGAGCAAGUACUAUAAUGUUGAAGCCACAUACUUCUAUCAGUGCUGUCUCCACUCAGAAGUACCUUUUAAAGGGGCAGCUUGGAACCUCAAACAGCUCUAUGACCAUGCAGGGAAGAGGUACAGCAGUCUGAAGAGGUACCAGGGAAAGAGACUAUCUCGAAGCCAGAGGCAGUGUUGGGAUAACAAGAGGCUGCUGGUUAGCUUCCUCUAUCUUCAGAGCCUCCUGCAGCCUCAGAAGAAAUUCAGAGUGGCCAGGUUGAUAGCCCUGUGCCAGUUGGUUCUGGAAGACUUUCGUCUCUGUCUGUCUUAUCGGCUGAGUCCACCUAACCCGUGCCAGGUUUCCACACAGGGGAAGCCCCCCAAAGGCUAUCUGUUUCUCCCGGACCUCCUCAUCUUCCAAAUGGUGGUACUUUGCCUCAUGAAUGUGCAUGGCCUGAGGAAAACAGGCUCAAAGCAGCAUAAGCCAGCUGUCAUCUUCACCCUGACUCUCUUCUCUCAUCUCAUUCAACAUGUCAAUGCACGGAUCCAAGCUGAACUCCAGAAAGGGAAGCUCACUCCAGACCUGGCUGCCCCCAGGGCUGGAAACCAGGAAAAAGAGCCUGGGAAGGGUCAACAAGACUUUCCAACCCUGGGGCCCCACCACAGAAGAUCCCAGAAAAGCCAUCGGUGGUCAUGUGCUUGUAGUGAGGGUUACAGCUCUGAGGCUGGUUUUCAUUCCUGCUGUGACUCUGAUGAGACAGAAGAUGAGGAAAGCACCUCCUUGAGUUCACAGGUCCACUCUGAAACAGACAGUGAAACUUCUCAUUCGGAUAUAGCUGAUGAAGGAGGGAAUGGAUCCCUGUACUCAGAAGCAGUGCAGGAAAGGGAGACCAUAUCCAGAUACAAGACUGCCAGUCCCAGGCAUGAAACUCCCAGUAGUCUCCUCUGCCUCCUGAAAACAACUAUGCCUGCUAAGCUGCCAGCUCCAUUGAGCCAAAAGCUGCCAGGAGGACAUGGCUUGCACCUGGCCCCUGCCUUUAGUCGCAGUGCCCUGAAGCUUCAGUCUGAGCUAAGCCCUGCCUCUGGAAGUAGCUCUGGCUUUGAGGAGGAUAUGAGCAGCUUUCCUGAGACUGAGAGGCACACUGGUUCAGAUGUGGGGCAGAGUGCCUCCCUUGACCAGUCUUACACAAGUCUCCAGACCAUUCAAAAGAAAUUUAAGGUUCUCUCUGCAGAGGGACUGCUUCCCACCAUCAAGGUGAUCCUGGGCUGGCUCUGCACCAACCAUGCCCUCCUUGCCUCCCAUUGGCGGAGUUCUCUUAGCCUGUGGGACCACCUGUGUGUGCUGCUGAACCUGCUGCCCUCGGUGGGUGACCUUCAGCAACCAGACCUGGGCCUGUCCCACCAUCUCCAUGAUUUGCUGCAGAGCUGUACAGGCCCACACACCUCCAGAUUCCUGCAUCUCCCUGAGGACAUCGCCCUGUCUCAGCUCUGUCCAAUGCAGGCUUCCCUGGAGACAGUGGGAUUCGAGAAGGACCCACCUCCACUCAGUAACCAGGAUGAAGCUGCCCUGCGCAUCUGUUUCCUGAGAAGUUUUGGCCACUUUGCAACCAGACUCCCAGAACAGUUCCUGAGGUUCGACUCUAAGUUGGGUGUGUUUGUGAGCAGUACACCUGGAGGACCAGAAAAUCCAUCUCGGCAGCUUCCUGAGAGAACUUCCAGGAUCAGGUUUUCCAAAGACAUAGUCCAGCUCUGGCUUCAGCGUGAAGUGGUGCUUCUGGAGAAGACCCUCAGGGGCCCCCAGACUCGGUCAGCUUUGACCUCUUACCUAUUUCCUGAUCCUAGGGCUCUGUGUGAGCAUCUUCCAGUUAUCCAGCAGCUUGCCACAAGUGGUCAGUUUUUCCUCAUCAUACCAAAAAUUGUGGUUGACACACUGUAUGUCCUGAGAAAGGAAGAUCGAAAGGUCUUGGCAGCCAUCACCUUCCUAGAAGGUGAACUGAAGAGAGGGAACCAGAACAUUCUGUGCCAGUCCUUUGUGUCUGAGAGGUUGUUGAGGCCCAGGAUGAUCAGGCCAGAUUCUGAUGCCUGGGACCUCUUUAAUAUUCUCGACUUCUGCAAAAGUCUGCUGGAUUCAUCCAGGCCAGGGACACCUGAUCCCAGCAGCAUGGUGACUAUCAUCACUGGCAUCUGUUUGGACAACCCGAGGAAUUUCUCGUACCCCCUGCAGCUGGUGCUGGGGACAGCAACCGAAGCGGGUGUGGAAAUCAAGAACAUCCUGCACUUCUACAGAGAGUGGAAGGCUAUCAGCUGACAUGGCCAUCUCUCUCUCCUUCCUCCUCCUUCAGCAUUUAUGGAUCAUAAUUCCAUGUGUUUCUCUCCUGUAAGCACCUAAUGUUAAGGUAGAUAUUGUGUGAGUGGAUAUCUGUGUCUACCCCUAGUUAGAGGUUUAGUUUACUAGCUUCCAGAGGCCUUCUUAUUUCUGUUUUUUUUUUUUGUCAUCUUGGCUUGAUACUAUGUUCUCUUUCUGAAAAUAUCAAGAUUGCCUCAGCGCUUAGUGUUCUUAGGGUAAGGCAGCAGCUUCAGGUCUUGCUCCCAAGAGCACACUUAGCUCUGUGAACGUUCUAAUUUGCUUAGCUUUGUAUUGUGACUUGGAACUUUUAAUGUUGUUUUUAUGAUGGAACUGUGCCUUUGAUUGUAGGUAGGCCUCUGUCAUCUCUGAAAACUCAAUAAAUAUAAAACUAAAAUUCA